AUGCUAUAUAAUGUUAUGCAACAUAGUUCGCCAGUGUGGACUUUGAGACCAGUAGAUGAGUCUGAAGAAUAUCAUUUUUACGAAGAAAUUGAAGAGAUCAAACGAAAUAUUGAUGGCAUCUUCUAUCAAGAUUUUCACAAUAAGGCCAUAAUGCUCGGCUUUUACAGGAAUGGCCAAAUUUUCUUUGAUGGUGUUAUUGGAGAGGGUAUAAAUAGAAAAAUAAUUCGAGCUAUUCCUGAAAGAUGGUACAGUAAGAAUAUAGUAGGAUUGAAUGACCAUAUAGUUUUUAAAGUGGGAGAGAACAAAGAUAAAAUCAUGGAGCAACGUUGGAUGUUCGGGGAAGAUUUAGUAAAAACUCUUAAAUACCUGUCAAUAUUGUGGAAUGCAGUUAAUUUGAAGUACAAAGAAAUUUCCUCUCCCAAAGUUACUAUUCGAAUCACUGGCGUAAUCAUAGAAACGAAAGCUGCAGCUGCAUCAUACAUCCGUGCCGCUAGUGACCCGAACAGUACAGACUCUAUCAAUCAUUUGAUCUUGAUUUACAAAGGUACGCAGUACUUUAAAAACCAGUUUUAUCACGAAACUUACUUCGACGAUUAUAAUUCUGCCGUAGUGAUGACGAGUUUGAAAUCAGGACCAGUUGUGGGAAGUGCAAUGGUGGCUCAGAUAUGCGAAAAAAAUGUUAUUUACAUUAAUGACGAUGCUAACUAUGAUGCCAUCUUCACUGCUACCCAUGAACUUGGACACUCACUUGGUCUAACUCACGAUGAUGCGUCUAUCUCUGAACCACCUUAUGAAGCCACUAUUUUGGCACCUUAUGUCAUGUCAGCCAAAAAACGUUACUGGUCACAACAAAGUUUGAGAGAGUUGGAGGAGUUUGCAUCGACAGAGGAAGCUGAGUGCUUGAGAACCAAACGUACGAGUUGA